UGCCAAGUUUCUGCUCAGUCUGGUCCAUCAAUCAGUCGACAAUACAUCAGGCGAUCCCAUCCAUUGCUAUUUCAAUUGCCGACACGUUAUCCCUUCCCGCACAAAGACAGUCGCAUCCGCCAUGGCAGCAACCCAGAAGCUCUACCCCCGCGCGACAGUAAAGCGUAUCGUCAAGGCGCAAUCGAAUCGCAACGUGAGCAAGAACGCCGACAUCCUGAUCUUCCUGGAUUACAUGCUAUUCAUGCAAGAAUUGAUGCGCGAGUCCGCCAUCCGAUCGCGCAAGUCUGGCGAAAAGCACAUCUCCCCCAAUGCAGUGCGGAAGGUGACGGAGAGGACACUGCGGAAAUUCAAAGGCUAGAAGGGAGACCCUGUUUGUUGAUGACUUCUGGUGUCUGGAGGGGGUCGCGUUCCCUGGGUUUGAACUGCAGAGCGAUUCCUCCAGUUCGCGCGCAUUUGCAGGAUGGAUUCUGUAGUGAUUGUGAUGUUUUAUAAAUGGCGAAAGGGGUUUGGCGUUUGAUUUUAUUCUGGAUUGUCUAUAUACCCAAGAGGAGAGUGUUGAGCUUCUCCCAUAUGAUGGUGUUUGAAUUGGA